AUGAAAAUGUUAAUUUUGUUUCCAAUUGUUCUUCUAUUAGAUCAAGUUCAUCUCAAAUCACCUGAAUCAAUUCGCUGCCCAGUUAUAUCUCGAACUCGCCAAAAAGAAUUUCGUAUUCUUCAAUACGAAGAGUGCAGCAACAUCACUUUAAAAGCGUGUUUCCAGCAGGUUCUUCUCACUGAAAUUGUCGAACUUGAACAUGUUUCGUUUCUCUUCUCAUCGGGAUGUGCUUCUCAAAAAGAUCUCAAAAAGUUCAAUCUGACUGAAUCUAAGUUUCGAAAAUUGUGUAAAGAAUCAGGAACGAAGAGAUGCAAACACAUUUACCAGGAAGAUUAUGUAUAUGAAGGAACGUUCUGUUGUGAAACUGAUGCCGAUCAAAUGUUUUCAUCGUGGUUGUGGAAUGUCUUUUUUGGAAAAAGUGAGGAGAUGACCGAGUUGUUAGAGAGUACUGUGAAGUUUUUGCAAAGGAAACUGGAAGGAAAAAGCGAUGAACACAAAGAUUCGAGAUUUGUUUAUAUUAUUGGACCGUUUUUUGUCACUGGUCUUUUCACAGCGUUGUCACUUCUACAGUACUACCACAGUUAUGCUGAGUAUGGUGGGACGAUUUGGAAUGUGUUGAGAAGUAGUUUAGUUGGUGAGCCAGAUGAUGAGAAUUCCGAUGAUGAGGAAGGCGAUGAGUCCGAGAAGGAUCAUCAUCUGAAAAAAUCGUUGUUGAUUUGUUUUCUCAAACCUCUAGAUCUACUAGAAUCGCUUAGGCCUAGUAACAAUUAUCUGAAUUUACUCUAUAGAAACUUACACGCAUGUUCUGCCACCAGUACUUCUGACGAAGAGUACGAGACGAUUGUUGGAAUUGAGAUGCUCCGUUCUGGAGAGCAUCAGCACGAUGAUCCAGAGAGUUGA